AAUAACAAAACGCUAUUGGCAAAGACUGUCAAAUUGGUUUUCGGAAGAGGCGUUUUAUUUUACGUUUUUUCUUGAAAAAUACUGUGGUUAAACGUUAACAAUGUUAGCUUUGAUCAAUCGUAUCCUUGAUUGGAUUAAAAGCCUGUUUUGGAAGGAAGAGAUGGAGCUUACGCUGGUCGGGCUGCAGUACUCCGGAAAAACAACUUUUGUUAACGUCAUUGCUUCUGGUCAGUUUAGUGAAGAUAUGAUCCCCACUGUAGGCUUCAAUAUGCGUAAAAUAACCAAAGGCAAUGUCACUAUCAAGGUAUGGGACAUUGGUGGCCAGCCCAGAUUUCGAUCUAUGUGGGAAAGAUAUUGCAGAGGUGUUAACGCUAUUGUAUACAUGGUAGACGCUGCUGAUCCUGACAAAAUCGAGGCGUCACGGAACGAACUCCACAAUCUACUGGAGAAGCAACAGUUAACCGGCAUUCCAGUGCUCGUGCUUGGUAACAAACGGGAUCUGCCCAAUGCAUUGGAUGAGCAUGGUCUCAUUGAACGAAUGAACCUAUCAGCUAUUCAAGACCGCGAAAUCUGUUGUUAUUCAAUUUCGUGCAAGGAGAAGGAUAAUAUCGACAUCACGCUACAAUGGCUCAUCCAGCAUAGUAAGUCUGGCAGCGCGCGCUAAAUAAACCCUGUUAUCGGCCUCCGGUAAACAUUUGCACGAAUCUGUAAUAGAAGAAUAACAUUUUAUAUACCUGGAUAAUUUCAAAGAGCCUGUAAAAACAAAAUAAUCUUGAAUUUGUAUUGAGUUGAACCAAUGAGACUAGUUAAAUUUGGACACUUGGAGAAAUAUUAUCUGUGGGCACAUUAUUUUAUAUAAAGGAUUAUACUGCAAUGUCUGAUACGUUAUUAUGACAAUUGACAACUAGCAACCUCGGUAAAUAAACAAAUUUGCUAAGUGCAAGAUAUUAAUUAGUCUCGAAAUUUUAUUUAAUAGAAAAGUACAGUGGGACUGGCAUAUUAACUAAACUAACAGGUAAUUCAUGUAUGUGUCGAAUCAGUCCGUAGUUCUUUAGGCGAGGUAUUUUUACGCGAACUUAGAUUUUAAGUGGUGUGGUGUGGAGUCUCGCGAUCCGCGUGCAGAAAAUAAUAUGAUUAAAUAAGAACAAGCGGAGAAAAUGUGACACAGAUCGGACGUUGACAACCGCCCGAUCGCUACCGCGCCGCCGGGCAAUUUUCAAGUUUUGGGAUAAACCUGAAUUUAAUAACUACUGGGCAUCAGUUGAAAACCAAAAUUUAGCAGUUUCUCUGUAAAAAUUAUAUGCAAAGUUAGGUAUUUAUUCUUAAAUAUUAUGCUUUACACAAUUUAUUUAAGCCUGUAUUCGGGAUAGAUCGAGUAAAGUACAUUAUAUUACAAAUUAGCAUAUUUUUUAGACAAUAUCCUUAGAUGUAUCGUAUAUUUCUUCUAAGACUUUAAUAGUAAAUACCUAACUCAUUUAUCUAGCAAAACGGUUUUUCUAUGCUUAUCACCCGAUGACUUGCCUUAAUCAUGAGCUUCCGCGGCAGUGAGACGACGAAAACGUGACGUUACCGUACGUGAGUUUUCCGUUAGUUUAUUUAAUAAUAAUGCGUGUAUUCUAGGUACGCGGCUGCAGAAAUAUAUUAAGUGAGUAAUUUUGAAACAAAUUUUAUUUACUGAGGUUGCAAGUACGCAUUGCCCAAGAUAUAACACCAAUUAUACAUUAUUUACAUUUGUUAGGUUAGUGCUGUGUAUUAAAAUAUCGCACAACGGCUUCAAAAAAGUUACAAAUCCAAAAUAAUGUUUUUUUUGGGUGUUACGAUACGUGCAAAAACUUAGGGCCUAUUCAAGGCGAGAGUAAAUAAGCAAUAUUUAGGUG